UAUACGCGAUACUUUCAAUAGGGUGGUCAUCGCUGUUCUAGAACGACCUGCACAAGAUGAAGCUCUACAUCUUCCUGGCUCUCAUCGGCGCCGCGUUUGCGGCGAGGAACUUCGACAAGGAAUGCCGCCAGAAACCGGACAGCGGAUUCUGCAGAGCACAGCAGCUGAUGUGGUGGUUCAACGUUGAGAGCGGAAGGUGCGAGCAGUUCUACUACGGUGGCUGCGGCGGUAACGAGAACAAGUACGAAACCAAGGAGCAGUGCCAGGAAAACUGUUCGGCUGAAAAACCGAUCCUCAGACCAUACCCACAUGAUGCGCCCUUAUCGGGAAUGACGCAGGACAUCGUUUCUGCGUCCGUUGCAUCCGUUUGUCACAUGCCACCGCGUGCGGGACCUUGCCAAGCUGCCAUCCCCCGUUUCUACUACGAUGCCAGCGCUAAAACCUGCCGCCCCUUUGUGUACGGUGGCUGCCAUGGCAACGGCAACAACUUUGAGUCUCACCGCGACUGCAUGUUCUUCUGCGCAUCUCCAGUGCCCCUGCAGCCCGAGCCGCGCACGGCAUAAGCAAAGCGCUCGCUAUGAGUCAUUGCCGACAGAGGCUGCGCGCUGAGAAGACGCUGCUGGCUGAGAAGAAUGCCCGAAAUGCAGCAACUACGAAGCCACAAAUAAUGUACUCAGAUGCCGAAGAAAACAAUUAUUCUGGGACUCUGCAAAAUAACUUUUCUCUAAACCCAGGCAACUAGUGCGGGAGAAGUGCUUGUUAACUAACUCGCAGAUGAGUCAUGUUUCUUGCAGUGUUCUUGGAAAAAUAAAACGCUUUUUUGUAAAUCU